AUGAGUUCGUAUGAUAAUGUCAUUGGAGGGAAGCUUAGAUUGAAGGGAUCAGUACCAACAACACCAAAUCAUCAGUUGAAGAAAAAGAAGAAGAAGAAGACAAAGACAAUCAUUAGAGAUCAUAGGGAUAAUGAUGAUAAUCACUCACCAGAUCAACAACAGCAACAAUAUGAGGACAGUGGUACCAAGUUGACACCUGCAGAGGUAAAGCAUAAGGAGCUGACAGCAAGGCUAGAGGCAAAGAGAAUCGAGGCAAUGAUCAAGCAUUCACACAAAGAGAAGGUUGAGGAAUACAACAAGAAACUGGGCAGGCUAUCAGAGCAUCAUGAUGUUCCAAAGGUUGGACCAGGUUAA